CGCCCCGCCCUGCCCCAUGUUCGGACCUGAUAAGCAGUCGGGGCAGCCGAAGCUGGACUGCGGUGGCAGGUUCGGGAAUAUGGCGUCUAUGGGGGAAUUUAACUCGUUCAGCGCUAGCAUCCCGGCCACCAAGGUGGAGCUGUCUGUGUCCUGCAGAAACCUUUUGGACAGAGACACAUUUUCAAAAUCUGAUCCAAUAUGUGUUUUGUAUACACAAGGUAUUGGAAGCAAAGAAUGGAGAGAGUUUGGAAGAACAGAAGUAAUUGACAAUACUUUAAAUCCAGAUUUUGUAAGAAAAUUCAUCAUGGACUACUUUUUUGAAGAAAGAGAGAACCUGCGGUUUGAUUUGUAUGAUGUUGAUUCAAAGAGUCCCAACCUAUCAAAGCAUGAUUUUUUGGGACAAGUGUUUUGUACACUAGGAGAGAUAGUUGGAUCACAGGGAAGCAGACUGGAAAAGGCAAUUGCAGGAAUUCCAGGGAAGAAAUGUGGAACAAUCAUACUGGCAGCAGAGGAGCUGAACUGUUGCAGGGAUUCUGUACUUAUGCAGUUUUGUGCAAACAAGUUAGACAAGAAGGACUUCUUUGGGAAAUCUGACCCUUUCCUAGUAUUUCAUCGAAGCAAUGAAGAUGGCAGUUUUACGAUCUGUCACAAGACAGAAGUUGUAAAAAAUACAUUAAAUCCAGUGUGGCAGGCAUUCAAGAUCUCUGUCAGAGCGCUGUGUAAUGGAGACUAUGACAGAACGAUUAAAAUAGAGGUGUAUGAUUGGGAUAGAGAUGGAAGCCAUGAUUUCAUUGGAGAAUUCACAACAAGUUAUAGGGAAUUGUCUAGAGGGCAAUCACAGUUCAAUGUAUAUGAGGUAAUAAAUCCAAAGAAAAAAGGAAAAAAGAAAAAGUAUAUUAAUUCUGGAACAGUAACAUUGCUUUCCUUCCUAAUUGAAACAGAAGUUUCAUUCCUCGACUAUAUUAAAGGCGGAACCCAAAUCAAUUUCACAGUGGCUAUUGAUUUCACAGCAUCAAAUGGUAACCCUGCACAGCCCACCUCACUCCACUAUAUGAACCCGUACCAGCUGAAUGCUUAUGGCAUGGCACUGAAAGCAGUAGGUGAAAUCAUUCAAGAUUAUGAUAGUGACAAAAUGUUUCCUGCUCUAGGUUUUGGGGCUAAGCUGCCCCCAGAUGGAAGAGUAUCACAUGAAUUUGCUUUGAAUGGAAACCCUCAAAAUCCCUAUUGCAAUGGAAUUGAUGGUGUAAUGGAGGCAUAUUAUAGAAGUUUAAAAUCUGUACAGCUUUAUGGACCAACAAACUUUGCUCCAGUAAUUAAUCAUGUCGCAAGAUAUGCUUCCUCGGUAAAAGAUGGCUCCCAGUAUUUUGUUCUUCUCAUUAUUACAGAUGGGGUUAUUUCAGACAUGGCUCAAACAAAGGAAUCAAUAGUUAACGCAUCAAAGCUUCCAAUGUCAAUAAUUAUAGUAGGAGUUGGACCAGCAGAGUUUGAUGCUAUGGAAGAAUUGGAUGGUGAUGUAGUCAGAGUCUCCUCAAGAGGAAAAUAUGCAGAAAGGGAUAUUGUACAGUUUGUGCCAUUCCGGGAUUACAUUGACAGAAGUGGAAACCAUAUAUUGAGCAUGGCCAGACUUGCUAAAGAUGUCUUAGCUGAGAUCCCAGACCAGUUUCUCUCUUACAUGAGGGUCAGAGGAAUCAAGCCAUCACCUGCACCACCUCCAUACACACCCCCUCUUCAUGUAUUACAGACUCAGAUAUGACUACUCCAAAAUGCUUAACACUUGCCACAAACCAUGUAGAGCUACUGAGUCAGUGCUUCACUACUGGUGCACUUUAAAGAACCAGUGAAUCGAGACUGUUGUCUGUCUGGAUG